AUGGCAUUGCCCAAGCUCUUCAUUACCCUUCUCAUUAUUGCAGCUCUCUUCAUCUCCCAAAUACAAGUCCAAGCAGCCCCCACCAACUCAAACCUCUUCAGAGAAUAUAUAGGAGCUGAGUUCAACAAUGUCAAAUUUACCGAUGUUCCUAUUAGUCCAAAUGUUGAAUUCCACUUCAUUCUCUCCUUUGCUCUAGACUAUGACACCUCAGAUAAUCCCUCUCCUACCAAUGGAAAUUUCAACAUCUUCUGGGACUCUGAUAAUCUUAGUCCUUCCCAAGUUUCUUCCUUCAAGAAUGCCCAUUCAAAUGUCAAGGUGGCCUUAAGCUUGGGAGGGGAUAGUGUGGCAAAUGGCAAUGCUUACUUCAGCCCAUCCUCAGUGGAUUCAUGGGUUUCUAAUGCUGUUUCUUCACUCACAAGGAUCAUAAAGCAGUAUCAUUUGGAUCGAAUUGAUAUUGACUAUGAGCACUUCCAAGCUGAUCCUAAUACCUUUGCAGAGUGCAAUGGCAGGCUUAUAACAACUUUGAAGAAGAAUAAGGUAAUCUCAUUUGCUUCUAUAGCUCCAUUCGAUGAUGAUCAAGUUCAGAAUCAUUACUUGGCACUGUGGAGCAAAUAUGGACAACAAAUUGACUAUGUCAACUUUCAGUUCUAUGCAUACGAUGAGGGUACCACUGUGUCUCAAUUUCUUAACUACUUCAAAACCCAAAGCUCUAAAUAUAAUGGCGGUAAGGUGUUAACAAGCUUUUGUACCGAUAACAGUGGUGGGUUAAAACCAGGAAAUGACUUCUUUACUGCCUGCAGUAGGCUCAAGAGUGUGCAGCAACUUCAUGGCAUCUUUAUUUGGUCAGCAGAUGACUCCAAGGGUGAUGGUUUCCCCUAUGAGAAGCAAUCGCCAGCACUUUUGGCAGCUGGCCACUAG